AUGGAAGACCACUGGAGAGCUAAUCGCUGUUAUCCCGCCCUGAACUCUUCAUGUACAAAGCUCGCCAGGCCACAGGCAUUAUACAUCCUCAUGUACAUAUUUUUUUCAUCAAUAUCUGUGUCCACCGUUCUUCUAAAUUUGCUGGUGAUCAUCUCGAUUUCUCACUUCAAGCAGCUUCACACUCCAACCAACCUGCUCAUCCUCUCUCUUGCUGUGGCAGAUUUAUUUAUCGGACUGAUUGUCAUGCCUGUGGAAGGGUCGCAAUUAAUUGAAACAUGCUGGUAUUUUGGGGACACACUGUGUAACAUAUUCCCCAUAAUUUCUUCGGUGGCUCUUUCAGGAUCUCUCGGCAGCCUUGUCUUAAUCUCCAUUGAUCGUUUCAUUGCAGUCAGUGAUCCUUUAAGGUACUCAUUGAAAGUCACACACAACAAAGUAACUAUAAUUGUUAUUCUUAGCUGGUGUUUUUGUCUACUUUACAUGUUCUUCUUGCUUUACGACCACCUUACUGCAAUGGAGCCUCAAAGGACAUGUCAUGGAGAGUGUCGUAUCACAGUCAGUUUCUCACGGAUUGUUGGUGAUGUUUUUGUGUCAUUCAUUAUGCCUUGUUCCACGGUUAUCAUUUUAAAUUUGAAAAUUUUCUGUGCAGCAAAGUACCAUACAAAGAUGAUUAACUCUGUUACAGAGAGACAAAGGGCUAGUAACAAGGGCAUCAUUAGAAGUAAGAAAUCCAGCCGUAAAGCUGCAAAAACGAUAGGGGUACUUGUUACAGUUUAUUUGCUCUGCUAUAUGCCAUAUAAUCUAAGCACGUUUUUUGUAUACAACAAUCAAUCAUUAUAUUUUCUAUUGAUCUGUCUCAUAUGGAUUAUGUUUCUAAACUCCUGCAUAAACCCAAUAAUAUAUGCUUUGUUUUACCCAUGGUUUAAAGUCUCAACCAAGCACAUCAUCACCCUUGCCAUAUUUCAUCCAGGUUCCUCUAAUGCUAAUGUGAAUUCUGAUAUGAAAUAG